GCAGGGGCGAGUUCCUGCAGCCACACUUUCCACAGCACCCCUACUCAGAAGAGAAACCCUGCGAAUCUGUGCCAGAAUGAAAAUUGCAGAGAUCAAAACUUCUCAAGGCUUCCGCAGCUGCUUUUGGAGACAGACAGGAUGUGGAUGACUAACCUUGUGGCCUUUUGUCUGCUGGCCCUCGUGGCCUCUGCAGAGGAAAAGAAGCUAAGCAGCUACGCCACCGCGCUGGCUGACCACAGCGCCAAUCUGGCCUUCAGCCUCUACCACAACAUGGCAAAGGACAAAAACACGGAGAACAUCCUCCUGGCCCCUGUGGUGGUGGCCUCCUCUUUGGGCAUGGUGGCUCUCGGCGGCAAGGCCUCGACCGCCUCCCAGGUCAAAACCGUCCUCAGUGCCGACAAACUCAAGGACGAACAUCUGCACGCGGGCCUGUCCGAGCUGCUCUCUGAGGUGAGCGACGCCAAGUCGCGCAACACCACCUGGAAGAUCAAUAACCGCCUGUACGGCCCCAGCUCCGUCUCCUUUGCCGACGAGUUUGUGAAAAGCAGCAAGAAGCACUACAACUACGACCACUCGAAAAUCAACUUCCGGGACAAGAGGAGCGCGGUGACCUCCAUCAACGAGUGGGCAGCCAAGUCCACAGACGGCAAGCUGACCGAGGUCACCAAGGAUGUGCAGAACACCGAUGGGGCCAUGAUCGUCAACGCCAUGUUCUUCAAGCCUCACUGGUUUGAGACGUUCAAUGACCAAAUGGUGGACAACCGGGGUUUCCUGGUCACCCGCUCUUUCACCGUGGGAGUUCCCAUGAUGCAUCGCACAGGUCUGUACAACUUCCACGAGGACAAGGAGAACCGCCUCUUUGUGCUGGACAUGCCUCUGGGCAAGAAGGAGGCCUCUAUGAUCCUCAUCAUGCCCUACCACCUGGAGCCCCUGGAACGCCUGGAGAAACUCCUGACCAGGAAGCAGGUGGACACCUGGAUCAGCAAGAUGGAAAACAUCGCCGUGGCCAUUUCACUUCCUAAAAUCGCACUGGAGGUCAGCCACAACCUGCAGAAACAUCUGGCUGAGCUUGGCCUGACCGAGGCCGUGGACAAAUCCAAGGCGGACUUGUCCAACAUCUCCGGCAAGAAGGACCUGUACCUGUCCAACGUCUUCCACGCUUCGGCCCUGGAGCUGGACGUGAAGGGGAACCCCUUCGACACCAGCGUCUACGGCAGCGGCAAGCUGAGAAACCCCAGGCUUUUCUACGCCGAUCACCCCUUUGUGUUCCUGGUGAAAGACAACAAGACCAACUCCAUCCUGUACAUCGGCCGAGUGGUCAAACCAAAAGGGGACAAGAUGCGCGAUGAGCUAUAAUGUCGGCGUUGUCACGGAUAGCUUUUUGUUAAAUUCUGGAACAAUGGCGGGAAACUGUGUGUAUAUUUGGUGUUUGACCGUUACCUCCUGAGCACAUUCCAACGGGCGUUCUGUGAACUGAGCACCUGAGCUCGCUGCGUCAGGACGCACUAAACCUUCCCAGGGAACAGUUCCGUAUGAACAUGAGGUCGCAGCCGCGUGACCCCUCCAUUCCACAUAUUUGCCUCAUUUAAGACCUCCAUAAACAUAAGGUGGACGACAGCUUAUAUUAAGUUUUCUUGACAUCGUGUUUUUUUUGUCAUUAUUGCAAACCUUGACCGCUUUCUUCUAUCAUCUUUAAUGUUUAAAGGGGGGGGAAAAAAAAGAUCUUUGCACUUCAUGA